AUGGUGUUGGAUACAGAAACUCAAAAGUGGGAUCCUGCGAUGAAAAAGCUAAACGUGGAGCAACACAACGUGUUCACUGAUUCUGUGGUGAUGGAUGAUAAGAUUUACAUGAGAAACCGUUUUAAGAGCUUUGUUUAUGAGCCAAAAGAAAGUAAAUGGAAUUUGGAUCAGAUGCUGAAUUCUGAGGGAUGGGAGGAUGCGUGUGUCAUCGAAGAUGUAUUGUACUAUUACGAUAUAAACGUAAACAAGUUGAAAGCGUUUGAUCCAAAGCAGAGGUGUUGGAGAGUGGUGAGAGGUGAAGAAGAAUGGCUGCGUGGGAUGAUCGGUUCAAGGUUGUGGUCGAGGACGGUGAGUUACGGUGGGAAAUUGGCUCUCUUCUUUCAUAAACCGAAUGCUCCGAAGGGAACAAUCGAUGUUUGGUGUGCGGAGAUUGCUUUGGAAAGACGUCACGGAGGGGAGAUUUGGGGUAAGGUGCAAUGGUGUGAUCAUGUUGUGAUUGGUGAUGAUAAGAGUUUUUACGUGAGGAAAUGUUUUGCUGUUAUGGUUUGA